AUGAAGCAACUCUUAAACUCAGAGUAUCACAACCAGUUUCUCCACAGCUACCCCUCACUGUCAGCACUCAGUGAGUCUACACACUCAUCCAGCAUCAAUAUCCGUCCUCUGAGACACUUUGAGGAUGUGACAGCAGCUGUUUCAGAGCUCAGAGAUAAACUACAGGACAUUCUGAGAGACACAUGGACAAACAUCUCAUUGACAAUCACUGGGGAGGAGGUUUUACUUUCAGAACCAAAGAGAAGAGCUGAAUUCUUAAAACACUCUUGUGAAAUCACACUGGAUCCAAACAGAGCACACAUUAACCUGAAGUUAUCAGAGGGGAACAGGAAGGUCACAGGGAUCGGUGUUAUUCAGUCAUUUUCUCACCCAGACAGAUUCACUGAUAGGUGGCAAGUUCUGAAUAGAGAGACUCUGACUGGCCGUUGUUACUGGGAGGUGGAAUACAGUGGAAGAGUUUAUGUUGCAGUCGCAUACAAAAGUAUAAGGAAUGACAGUGAAUUUGGAUGUAAUAAUGAAUCUUGGGCACUAGAUUCUUCCCGGUCUAGAUUUGGUCACAACAAAAUCUGGACCUCCAUCUCAGGUCCAGUUUCCUCUAGAAUAGGAGUGUACCUGGAUCACUCAGCAGGGAUUCUGUCCUUCUACAGCGUCUCUGAAACCAUGACUCUCCUCCACAGAGUCCAGACCACAUUCACUCAGCCGCUACAUGCUGGAGUUCGGAUUCGGUCAGAGGGAUCCUUUGCAGAGUUCUGUAAACUCAAAUAGAUUUGCAUAGUUCUGAUGUCUGCUUCGACGUUCUUUUCUUUCUUAUUUUUAAUCCUAUAAUCCGUUUGUUCCUGGAUCCAUAAAGUUUAU